AUGCAUGCCUACCAAGUACCAAUUACGUUUCAUUUGUAUAUAGUCUUUGAAAAACGUAACAGGCCCAUAUGAUUUAAAAAAAAUGUAACAGGCCCAAUAGAAGAAGGCCACUAAUAACUUUGAAAGCCUCUCUUCUCCGUCGCCGUCCCUUUCCACUGCUUCGUCUCCUACAGCGUCUUUAACUGCAACCCUCAUUUCUCCGAUGAUGCGAAGGCUGGUGAUCUCCUAUAUCCUCCGCUCUUCAUCCUCCUUCCAUCUAUCAACACCACCACCACCACUAGAAAGGUCCACACUUCUCUCUCAUCUCUUAACCUUCCCUCCAAAACCGAUCCCAAUCUCGACCCAAUCCUCCUCCUCCACGACUCUGUUAUCCUCACCAAGAUCAAACCUCCACGAAGCGAGAACACAAGGCUCCAAUCACGCCGUCGGAGUCCUCCACGAAGCCAUAACAUCGAACCCAAACCCGUACGACGACCUCGAAACGGCCCUAUCCCAAACCGGCGUCGUUUUAACGACCCCAAUAGUCUCCAAAAUCCUCCAGAGGCUCCAAUUCGAGGAAAAAACGGCCUUUAGAUUCUUCACAUGGGCCGGACACCAGGCCCAUUACUACUCCCACGAGCCGUCCACUUACAACGAGAUGAUCGACAUCUUGUCGAGCACCAAGUACAAGAACAAACAGUUCAGGAUCGUGAUCGACAUGCUCGACUACAUGAAGCGAAACAACAAAGAAUCCGUACCUGCAGACGUAAUGCUAGAGAUUCUCAGAAAGUACUGCGAGAGGUACUUGACUCACGUUCAGAAGUUCGCUAAACGGAAACGGAUCAGAGUCAAGACGCAGCCUGAGAUCAACGCGUUCAACUUUCUUCUCGACGCGUUGUGCAAGUGUGGUCUUGUCAAAGAAGCUGAAGCUUUGGUUAGAAAGAUGAGGUUUAAAGUCAAACCCGACGCGAGUACGUAUAAUGUGCUCUUCUUUGGUUGCUGUAGAGUUAGGGAUCCCAAGAAGGCGAUGAAGCUGAUGGAGGAGAUGAUUGGAGCUGGACAUAAGCCUGAGAACUUCACUUACUGCGCGGCGAUUGAUGCUUUUUGUCAAGCGGGGAUGGUGGAUGAGGCCGCUGAGCUGUUUGAGUUUAUGGUUACUAAAGGCUCUGCUGUUUCCGCCCCCACGGCGAGGACUUUCGCAUUGAUGAUUGUGGCUUUAGCGAAGAGUGGUAAGGAGGAUGAAUGUUUUGAGCUGAUAGGGCGGAUGAUAGCCAUGGGGUGUCUUCCUGACGUGUCGACGUACAAGGAUGUGGUUGAAGGGAUGUGUAAUGCUGGAAAGGUCGAGGAAGCGUAUAGGUUCUUGGAUGAGAUGGGUAGUAAAGGGUAUCCGCCUGAUAUAGUCACUUAUAACUGCUUUCUUAGGGUGCUGUGUGAGAGUAAGAAGAGCGGUGAGGCGGUUAAGCUUUAUAAGAGGAUGGUUGAGACGCGUUGUGUGCCUAGUGUUCAGACGUAUAACAUGCUGAUAUCGAUGUUUUUCGAGAUGGGGGAUCCGGAUGGUGCUUAUAGUACGUGGAGGGAGAUGGAUGAGAGAGGCUGUGGUCAGGAUGUUGAGACUUACUGUGCUAUGGUGAAUGGGCUUUUUGACUGUGGGAGGGAGAAGGAGGCGUGUUUUCUCCUGGAGGAGGUUGUGAGCAAGGGGAUGAAACUGCCGUAUCGAGCGUUUGACUCUUUUUUGAUGCGUUUGUCCGAGGUUGGGAACAUCAAGGUGAUCCAUAAGGUUUCUGAGCAUAUGAAGAAGUUUUAUAAUCAUAGUAUGGCGAGGCGGUUUGCGCUUAGUGAGAAGAGGAAAAGUACAAAGCUCAGAGGGAAGUAAUGGGCACUGGAAAAAAACAGUUUGACCAUAUAUGUCAUAGAGGCAGCGAUGCAAAUGUUCUGGGAGGAGCUCUUCCAGAUGAUGAUCUUGCUAAGUUUCGUUGAUUACUGUCUCCAGUUCUGGACCAAAGAUUCAUUCUCUCAGAAGCAAUGAGAGCUUAUCAAGGUCAGUUGUCUAAUAGUUAUGUUGGUUUCUUUGGGAAUGCUCUCACAGCGCAUGGUAUGUUUUAAAGUUAUUGUAUUGACUAUUGCGUACAUAAACGGAAUGUUUGUAUGAUGGUUAGCAUUACAUUAUGUAACGUGGAGAGGUCUGUUUUCUUCAUGUUCAUUACUAUUCUGCUUCUUUUGA